UGUUCGUGGAGAGUCUAUCAUAUUUCCUGUGAAUACGCUAGUCCCUGAAGAUGAAGGAAGAAUGAAAGCAGGACAGGAUUUAUGUCAAUCGAUAGCAAAUUGUGGAGGCACUUCUCUCAAAAUAAAUGUCCCAAUUCGUUGGUUUGCAUUUGAGCUUUGGCUGCAAAAAGUAGCAGAGAAGAAAAGCCACAGUUUUCUUGAAUUAGAUGAAGCCAUAUCUGCUGGUGCCAGGUUUAAAAUGAGUGAGGAUGAUACUAAGCAUGCUUUACAGUAUCUCCACAAUGUCACCAUUAUCCUGUAUUAUCCUGAUAUCUUGCCACAAUUAGUUUUUGUUGAUCCUAAGCCUAUUCUUGAGGUUCUAUCACGUCUGCUAGCUCUCACCUAUGUUGAAAGGAAAGCACUUCACCUAAUUGCUAACCCUGUGCCCUCUGAGAAAGAUAUAAGCAAGCUUCAUAAUGUUGGUUUUUUAAAGAGAAGCUUUUGAUGAAUCACUUUACUUCACUUUUCUCCCCACCUAAUUUUGAGCCAUCUCAUUUACUUAAGCUCCUUAUUCAUCUUCAUAUCAUUGCCAGUGGAGAAAAUGGAGAUUAUUUCUUUCCUUGUGCUUUGCAGUCGUACACAAAGCCACUUGUACCUCAAACAGAAACUAACCCUCUUCUUAUUGUCUGGCAGGAUAAUGAUGGUAUCAAUACUCUUCCAGUCCCACAAGGAAUGUUUCCAUUAGUCAUUACUCACCUCCUCACUCACAAUAAGUGCCCCUGUAAGGUAGACUUCCCUCCAUUGGAUCCACAUCAAUACUACAAGUAUCGUGAUGCACUUUCGUUCUGGAUUUUUAUUAAAACAAAGCGUUACACACUUCACAUCAUCAAUCACUACUCACACAUUGAGGUUUAUUUUGAUGAGUCAGUUCAGGAAGCAAAAGUGAAGUGUCCUUAUAUUCGUGAACUAGUCAUGAAGGCUGUCAGUGACAGUGCUAAAGCUAUCAAUCUUGAACAAAAUCAUGUCGCUGCAUUCUCUUGUCUUAAUGAAAAGGAAAAGAACUGUUACUGUGUCAUAGAGGAAGACCAUUCCAUCAAUUGCACACUGUGUAAAAAGUCAGCUGAUAUAAGUGGUGAUAGCUACUGGUGCUGGUUUGAUUCAAUGGACUGUGGCACUAAAAUAAUAGCCUCAGACUCACAAUAUUUGCAAGUACUUGAUAUAUGUAAUUUGUAG